CGAUUACACAAUCUCAUCAUAACAACCAUCCACCAUCGAGCAUCCUCCCUCCCAGGCCCUCCUCCUCCGACUCUCAGCCAGAAGCCUCCUGGUACACUAGCUUUCUCAUCGCCGUCUUUCUCGAACCCCUACUACACCAUGGCGCCUGCUUGGGUUGCCCAGUCUCUUGCACAUGUUCUUGGUCUUGACCUCGAGACUAUCAACCAGGUCAUUAUCCCCGAUCUCGAGGGGUAUACAUCGGAAGUGCGGUUGAGAGGGCACCUACAAGACUUCCUCGGAUCCACGACAGCCGCGCGCGCCUUUGCGGAUCGCUAUAUCGCGUACCGGUUUCCCCCACUUCCCACCCCCGCCAUCGCACCAGGGUCCUCGGCGACUCGCAUCGUCCAGCCGACGCCUAGGUAUGCAACCGCCCCUGCACCGAAAGAGCGCUCGCAUCACGCGCCUCCAGACCUGAAGGACCACAUCCGCGCAGACCUAGGUCUUAAGAAGAAGAAGAAGAACACGGCCGCGCUGGCUGUCGCUGCCUCUCAAGCACCCGUGGCGCGCACGCCGUCUGCAACUCUCCCAGAAGAGCUGGAAAGCGCGUUCGGAGCGGGUGGUAAAGUCUACCAGAAGAACCGCGACGAUCUGUUCCCUUCGCGCGGAAACUCGGCGCGCGGAGGCGUGCGCACGCCCAACAGCGGCGCGCAUACGCCCCAUCGCGUCGGCGGUGCGGUGACCAUCGUGGAGACCACCAAGCCGGCCAAAGAGAAGGGCAAGGCGAAGGAGGACAAAAUCUGGGACCUGCCGAAGAGCGAGGAGACCAUGCGUCUGGAAGGCAUUGUCGAGAAUCUACGUCAGAUGCAGGCUGGAAUGGGUAAGGCCCCGCCCGUCAACACUCCGCCAUGCUUCUGUCAAGCACGCUUGCACGAUCUUUCUCGCUACACGCCACAGUGCGCCGCGUGCGGCCUCAUCCUCUGCUCGCUGCAGCCUGCCCAUGCACCGUGCCCGUCCUGUGCCCGUCCAACACUCUCUCCACCAGCGCUGGCUCGCCUGAUCUUGCGUGCAGAGGGCGACAUUGCAGCGCAGAUCGCGCGCGAGCAGGACGAGAGGAAUGCAGCGGAGCGUGAGCGCAAAGAACGCCUGCUCGCCGAGUCGGGUGGCGGCGCCUUCCCAACGUUGCCCGGCGGUGCUCGCAAGCCGCAGAGUGCUGCGGAAGCGGCGCGUAAGGUUCUGACAAUCAAGAGCGGACAGGGCAAGGGCAAGGGACGAGGCAAGGCAACGCUCACGACUACUACGUACAUGACUGUCGCUACGCCGCCGACAAGCAGCAAAGAGCCGCAGGCGCCCGAGACGGUGCCCCGCCCCCGGUCUCCUCCGCUUGACCCUUCGCGGCGGGCGAAGGAGGCUGCCAAGGCGCUCGAGUGGUGCGUUGAGCAGGACCGGCCAUGGGGCGACCUCAAGGGGGAGCGGCGGGGCGAGACAUGGGCGUAUGUGGAGAAGCUGGUAAUUGAGCUCCCGAAUGAGGAGGGGACGGGGCGGCGGAGAAAGGCAAAGAAGGGACUAGGUGCGGACGGAAGGCCGGUGGUGGGUGCAGCACGGUAGUAGUGUUAGCGCAUGUCAGUGCAUGUCGAUGUUGCGG